AUGGCAGAUGGGAACCGAUCUGCCAAGGGCAAGCAAGUCGUCGUCGACGACCGCGACGAGCAUGGCCCUGACAGCCCCAUGAUCGGCGGCGGCGGUGGUGCUGAGCCAUCUCAUCGCGGGCAAGUCCACCAGGCCGGUUACUGGAGCGUCGGCGGCGUUGCGUUCGUACGUGGAGCCGUUCGUCAUCCUUACGACGGCGGCUACGUUAGCUAUGGUGGCGCCGGCAUUCCUGAUCCCGUAGGCUGGAACGCCGCUGGUACAAACGGCGGCAGUGGAAGCUACGGGGGCAGCAACGGAGGCGCCAGCUACGGCGGCCUCGGCGGCACCGCUGGUGCUGUUGGCUGGGAUGGUACUGCCACAAGCGGCGGCGAUGGAAGCUACGGGAGCAGCAACGGAGGCGCCAGCUACGGCGGCAACGACGGCAGCCGCGCCGUUGACAGACGUGGUGGUGGCUAUGAUGGCGUCCGGGCUACUGGCCAGUGGCCAGCCGGCAACGACUGUGGCAGCUUAUCCUUCCCAUCGCCUUUCACCGGCGCCGGUACCUCUGGGCCCCAGCAUGCAGGUCCGGGCUACUGGCCAGCCGGCAACGGCGGUGGCAGCGCACCCUUCCCCUCGCCUUUCACCUGCGCCGGCGCCGGCAUCCCUGGGCCCCAUCAUGCACGUACGGGUAACAGCUGGCACACUGGUGCCGGGCACGAGUUCAAUUAUCGUGGCAACGGCGGCGGCGGUGCGACCUUUCCCUCGCAGCUCGACGGGUACAUGGAGCAACUUGACAGCUUCAUCUCCAGGUCGCUGACAUCUCUCAGCAUCCGCGACCGCGGCCGCGGCGAAAGCCUCCUCGCGCGCGGCAGGCGCCACCUGUACGAUUUGGUGAACCAUGGGCGGCACUGCGGCAGGAGCUGCAGCUCAACGCCGGCGACCUGCAGAACGCCCCUUUCCCCGGGCCCGGCCGUGGCCACGGCGACCCGUACGGGGGGAGGAGGCUGGAGGACGUGA